AUCACCGCUGUCUUCGAAAAAAAAGACGCUGCCGCUCCGAUUUAAAAUGGAAAUUGGCUCCGAAAUAAGUAACAAAAUCAGGUCCGCCAUCAGAGCGAAGCUGAUGGACCUUGGUUCUUAUGUUGACAAUGAGUUACCAGACUAUAUCAUGGUGAUGGUGGCAAACAAGAAGACCAAGGAGCAGAUGAGUGAUGAUCUGUCUUUGUUCUUGGGGAAGAAUACUGACCGCUUUACAUCUUGGCUAGACAAUCUACUCAAAAAGCUACAGUCAAUAUCUGCUGAUAAUGAGGUCUUGGAGUCCGACUUGAAACACUUUGACCCACCAGCCCCCGAAGAAAAGCCUAAAUCAAAGGAGUCGACUACACAGACCACGCCAAGAAAGACUCCUCCCAGUAAAAAGGACCAGAAAGAUGCACAAGCCAAGAAAGAGGCACCUGGUCACAAGGGCUCCGACAGUAGGAAGGGGCCGUCAACGAGGGGCAAGUCAAAACCUAAUGAUGAGAUUAAGAUAACUGCUGAAAAUGAAGACUUAGAUGACAAAUCAGGUUCAUCAAGACGACCUAGGGAAACCAGGUCAUCAAAAUCACUAGACCAGUUACCUGAGAGACCAUCGAAGACUGCCUCACUAGUAACAGUGCCAGAACGAUCAAGCAUAACUAGGUCACAUUCUUCCCGGCAUGGGCGAGAAUUGGUGACCGGAACGAUGGCUGCAGAUAGAGAGGAGAGCUUGCGAGCAGGGGCUAGAAUUACAAGGGGGCAAGCUGAUGUAAGGGCGAAUUCCCGACCCGUAGCAUCGAGCACCAGGAAGCCAGCUUCAUCUUUAUCAUCAGUGAUUGGCAAAGUGGAUCUGCAGCUCAAUGAGGAGGAAGAAGAGUAUGAUCCGUAUCAUCCAUCGGUCGGAAAGGUUGCCAGCACUGUCAAAGUCUCUAAGAAGUCAGCUGUGCCUCCAUCUCGUCAAGCGAACAAAUCACUGCUGAUGAAAGCGGUGAGAGAUUCCACAAAGUCAGCGGAACAAGCGGCAAAGAAGGACGUUGGUGCCCCAUUGAGAAAGCUAGAAGAAAAGGAGCCGCCACCAGAUCAACAAAGCUUGCAAUCUCAGAGGAUGUUGAGGAAACGGCCAAACGCAUCACUACAGAUCAAGAUCCCGGUUCAAAUCCAAUCCAAACCAGCACCGCCUAGCCAACCUCUGACAUCUCGAUCAAGACGGGAGGAAAUCCUCCGAGAGUUCAAGGAGAGGAUCAAGGGAGAGGAGGAGGAACAACAGAGAUAUGAAGAAUACACCCCUGAAGAUGUGCAGGACAUACGCGUCUUCAAGCAGAGGAACACAUCAGAUUUCCAAUACUUAGAAUUGAAUCCUAACGAAGACUUCUCAAAAGGAGGGGAAGAGGAGUUUGUUGUGCAGGAGACAGAGGAAUAUGUACCACUACCAGAACAAACACAGACUGCUGUUAUGAGCCAGGCUGACCUGAAUCAGCGUAUGAUCCAAGGUCAAUACCCCAGCCUCCCUGAACCGGUCCGGCCGGAGGUAGACAUUGUAGAGGCAGAUGACGAAGAAUUCGAGGAUGAAGACAUAGAAGCUGGUUUUGAAGAGUUCAACCAAAUUCUUCAGAAUAGAGAAUACGUGAUGCCGGAACGACCGAUCAGUCCGAGAUUCUUCGUGACGCUAGACGGAGUCGACCCAGAUAAACUAUCUCAGGAAGCAGCGAUGGAAGUGGAGGAUGACUUCCCCAGCAUUGCCAUGUUACAAUCCAAAGAAAACUCUAAUUACAGAAAUUCUCAUUUGUAUCCGAAUGCAUAUAGGGAUCUGAAUAGAAAUCCGUAUAGGGAUCCGAAUUCAAAUACAUACAGGGAUCCGAAUCCUGGAAUGAGGUACCGAGAUAUGAGUGUGGGGAACUAUGAUUCUGAUAGUGAAGGUGAAAUGGAGAUGGAAAAUAAUUCGUCCCCAGUGAAGAGACCGAAGAUGUUGUUUCCUACGGAGCGGUGUCGUUUCUGGCCGAGCUGUAAAAAUGGUGCUUCGUGUACAUUUCAUCAUCCCACAACUCAAUGCAAAGCAUUUCCCAAGUGUAGGUUUGGAGACAAGUGUCGCUUUAUCCACCCCAACUGUAAAUUUGAUGCCAGUUGCUCAAAUCCAUCCUGUCCAUACACUCAUGCUAGUCACAGGAAUCCUCUAGCAAUGGCCGCAUCCAUGGCUGCCCAUCAAGCUCUGUCGUUAGCCUCUCCUGCCAUAAUGAUGCAUCAAGCUGCUCCACCGCUGUUACCUCCACCGCCACCUGCUGGGAUGACACCUGGCAGCCCUGAUAAAGUCACCUGCCGAUUCUUUCCCCUGUGCAAGAAUAUGAAUUGUCCCUUCAGUCAUCCGAAGCCUUGUCGUUAUGGAAUCUCGUGUACAAAUAAAGGAGCAUGUCGGUUUCAUCAUCCAGAAUUACCUAGCCGGGCCAAACUGAAAUGGACCUCAGUAUCAGCUUUGCCAUCUCCUCCGUUAUCUGGUUCUUCACAGACUCUUCGCUCCUCGGACAAGUUGGUAAGCCUGGGAAUUUACAUUGAACAAUCGUGUGACCUUGUAUUUAGAAUGGCUUGACAAUGCUCACAGUAUAGUGCAUUUAGAAUGCUUUCCUCAAACUGGGCUAAUGCACUGCAAGUGUCUCCAUAACAUUGGCCAUUUUGAGGAAGGAGCAGGCUUUUGUUUCACACAUAGCAUGAUGUUUGACUUGAUAUGUUGGUCGUCUGUGUUACAUCUCUGCUGGUGCCACAAUAUGUCAAACUUCCCUUUAAAAUAGUAUCUAAAUGUGAGUGUCUGUUAUAUUUUACCUGGUGAGACAAAGCAUUAUAAUUCAGACCUAAUGAUAUUAUUCUUUUGAUUUAUUUCAGUGAAAAAUUCAUCCUGACACCCGAUGACCUGAGGAACUGAAGGCGUAUAUGUAUGAGGACAAUACUUUGUGAAAGACGACAUUGUGUCGGAUUUACUUCGUAUCAAUGAUGCUGAUGAAGAGAUUGUCUUAAAUUCAGGAUCCGGUCAGACAUGGAUUUCUUGUGGAGGCAUUCAAGGCAGUUAACCUGUGCUGCAUAUUCAUGCUACCGGACAUUUGAGUUUUGUUCCUUGACAUCAAAAACUUUUUCUGAUGAAUUGGUACUGACAUUCCGUCUACUUUUCUGAACCCACUGCGUUAUUAAGAGACUCUGGCUGAAUUCAGCAACUAGUCUUUGUUGUUAAGUCACCAGAAGAUUAAUAUGUGCCACACUAAAUGAGAUUUUAACUAUUCACUUGCACUUUGAUAUAUCUCUGGUAAGGUCCGUGCAAUAAACAGACCUUGUAUGGCUUUACUUCAGUUCGACUGCUUUCAUGUAUGUAGACAAUUUGAUCUGUUUUUCGGAAUUUUCAUAAAGUUUCAGUUUCCUGUUGUUGAUUUUGUCAAAACAUGUGACAUUUUAGUUUCAGUGUUUUCAAUGUUGAUCCGACACUCUAUUUCAUGAAAAAAAGCCUGAAUAGCUUUGAAAAGUUGUCAGUAUUUUGCUUCAAAUGGCACGCUCUAGAUCAUGCUUUGUCCAAUUCUGGCAAAGUAAGUGUUUCAGAUACUUUGGACUUUGAAAUUUCAGAUGAAACAAGACAUUUUAUUGGAUUUUCUGAGUGAAAUCAACCAGGGCAAUGGCUAAUAUUUAUAAAGACUAGUAAAUGCUUUUACUACAGUUUUCUACAGAGAUGGCUAGUGUAAAUGUACAUGAAGUUUAAAGUAAAAGCAUUUACUAGUCUUUUAUAAAUAUCAGCCAUUGCCUUAGUUCCCUGUGGCUUGCUUUCACAGUAACUGUAUUAAAAUUGUGGAGAUAGUAAAAUCUGCUCAACUGUGUCGUCACACGUUUGUUUUCAGUGUGAUGUUAUUGUAUCUGUACAUGUGUAUCUACAUUUUGUACUCGAUGAUUGUUGGAAAAUGAAUGUUUUGUCUCAUGAAAAGUUUAUAAUAAACUGAAACUG